AUGUCGUUUAAUACAGCUACAGGAGCUAUUGCUUCACAAACAGCAUCUAAUGAUGCAGCAGCUGUUCGUCGAAAAGCAGCUGAAAAAUGUCAAUUGGUAUUAGAAACUUUAUAUGAUUCGUUCAAUGGUUACAAACAAUGUGCUGCUGAUACAAAAGAUACAGCAAUGAAAAUAUUAUUUGAUAAGAUUGCAGCUAGUCGAGCUAAUCUUAUUGCACAAUUAUCAAACGUUAUUCGAGUUGAUUUAGGUGUUGAACCAGUAACAUCUGGUUCAGCUUUAGCAGCUGCUCAUCGAACAUGGAUCGAUGUUAAAUCAUGGUUUACAGAUGGUAGAGAUAAAGCAGCAAUUGUUACUGAAGUUCAUCAUGGAGAAAAUGUUCUUAUUAAAUUAUAUGAAUCAGCUAUAGAAGACCCAGAUAUUAUAGUCAAAGUUCGAGAUUUUCUUCAUGAACAACUUAAAACAGUCAAGGAACAAAAUGCAUCAGUCGAUGUUUUGUAA